AUGAGUCCAUUUCUUACUGCAGUUGUCUCAUUGGUAUUUAUUCAGAUAGCGUAUGGUAGUAACACUACUCUGGUUCAUCUAGUAACAGAUCAAAAAAUCACAGCAAAUAAAGCAGCUCGUUUGCUAUUUGAUUCUCAAGUGUAUGAUAAUGGACACCACUACGAUAUAAAUGAAAGGGUUAUUAGCGUCAUCAAAACAGCUAAAUACCAACUUGAGGGACAUGCUUCACUUACUGGUGCCGGUGCCCAUUCAGCUACAAUAAAAAUAGCCAAACUUUCAAAUGGACAAGAGACAAGUUUGGCCGAGUGUAAAACAUCUGAUCCCAAGGUUACAGGUAACAGAUGCAGGAUAGAGGUAGAAGACGAUUUGAAAGAUGGUGAUAAAGUAUUUAUGGAAGCCAAAGCCACAAAAGAUGCAACUUUAACCAAUGUCGAUACCUACUUGUUUUUGUCAGAAAAGCACUAA